AUGAAACUGUUUUUCCUCAAGCACCUUUUGUUUCUCCAUUUUGACUACAUUUACAAGUUCCUUAACAAGCCUGAUAUUAUCCGAGUUGCUCAAGGAUUGUAUGCAUUCCAGGCCAAGGACUCCGACGAAGAAUCGGACGACUCACAGAAAAGCACAAAGAGUUCUCACGAACAAGAAAAGCUUGUAAAAUCAGCUUCACCGGAACACGGUGAAAUCAAGGUGGCCGCUUAUCUCAACCUCGUGGCUGACUUUGCGCAUAAUUUUACCGAUGGUUUAGCCAUCGGAGCCUCGUUUAUCGCUGGUACCACAAUUGGUGUAGGUAGGUUUGCUUUUGCUUUUGAUUCCAAGCCAUUAUUGUGACG